AUGGCCAUUAUUGGCUCAAAUUAAGAAAUCAAAAAAGAGACCCAAGAAUAAUCAAUUGAGUAAAGAGAGGAAUUUUUGGAUUCAAUAUUCAGAGAAGAAUUUCAAUCUUUAGGUACUGUAUUAAAACCAAGACAAAACUACUUCUUACUUGUGCUUCUUUGGAGUUAAGAGAAAAUAACAAUGUUUUGGUCUAGUAUUUUGGUCGGAACCCAUGAUCUAAAAUCCAAUCUAUACAAAAGUGAUUGCUUUAUGGAUGAUAAACAAGCAAACAAAGAUAAAUAGAUUUAAUUUGGAAACUUAAUCUUAGAAAUAAUUUGA